AUGCCUCUACAAUGUAUUAUCUUCAAUGGUUAUUGUGGUGAUGACAAUGGCAUAAACUUUGAUCCAUAUAGCCAUAGUGAUUCCGAGGACGGUCUAAGGAUGAAGCGGCUUCGGCUACGAAACCAGGCUCCAUUGUAUCCGCAAUCCUACGCUCUCGCCAUCCUUGUCACAAGAGACGUGUCCGAAACCCCGAAACCCUUGGGCAAGUUCUGUGAAGAAGAGGAGGAUUAUGGUAUGACGGAUGUCGAUGUUGAUGGAGACUCAGCCUGGUACGGUGCUAAGAGUUUCGAAAACCCUGGUUUGUACUGCCGGGCCUCUACAGACAACAUAACCGCCGAGCCAACUGGCAUGCGUCGCACCCCUUCCGGCAUGUUUAUGCCAUAUGAGGAGGGAGAAUCAUCGUCGAAGGAUGCGAUACUUGGCCGCUUUAUUGACACCGUCAACACAGCCAGGGACAUGGCAUAUUUUAUUUGGAAUGUGGGCUGGAGAAAGCGAGGGCCUUGA